CAACAUUAACCGGUGGCAGUACUCCCUCGGUUCUUUUGCGCACUUUCUCUCUCCUAAACCGACUCAACUCAAAAACCAUCAGUUCUCUCUAAAAACUCCGACAACACAAACUCCCUCUUUUCCAAAAACCCCAACUCAAAACCCCUGCAACUCGAAUUGCAAUCCCCAAUCGGAACAAAAACCCUAGAUUUCAAAAUCAAAAUCAAAAUUAGGGCAAAAACAAGAACAUGUCGUCGACUCUUCUGGAACUAACUCGAGGUUCUCACGAAGAAGUAGAGAGAUUAGAGCGCCUCAUUGUCAAGGAGCUUCAGAAUGAAGGUGCUUCUUCUAGAGAUCGUCUCUUACAGAGUCAUCGUGUUCGUUUCAUGAUUGAGCACAUCCUCUCUACCACUGAUAAACUCGUUGAGAUUUACGAAGAUAAAGAUGGUGCUCGGAAAGAUGAAAUUGCCGCACUUGGAGGUCAAACUGCUACUGGUACCAAUGUGUUUAGUGCCUUUUAUGAUAGAUUGAAAGAGAUUCGUGAGUAUCACAGGCGGCAUCCAUCUGCGCGUGUCAUUGAUGCUGAAGAGGAAUAUGAGCAGAUGUUUAAGGAGGACCCAUUGCUUGAUUUUAGUGGAGAGGAAGCAUCUGGCCGGUACUUGGAUUUACACGAAUUCUACAAUAGGUACAUUAAUUCAAAAUUUGGUGAACCGAUGGAUUACGUUAUUUAUUUAGAGAAAUUCUCACAGCCACAUAUGAUUCCUUGCAAACGAAAGAUGACAAGGCAAUACAAAGAGUAUAUUAUUGAGCUAUUGGAGUAUCUGAUCUCUUUCUUUGAGAGAACGGAGCCAUUAAAAGAUCUAGAUAGAAUAUUCUCAAAGGUAGUAAAUGAUUUUGAAGAGCAAUGGGCCAAUGGGAAAGUAAAGGGAUGGGAGAAUGAGGGACAAGAGAAUGGACAUAUUUCUCAGACUGCCUUGAUUGAUCUUGAUUAUUAUAGCACAGUGGACGAGCUUUUGGAAUUGGGGCCUGAGAAAUUGAAAGAGGCCUUGGCUGCUCUAGGACUGAAAACAGGUGGUACUAUACAACAAAGAGCGGAGAGACUAUUCCUUACCAAGAACACUCCUCUCGAAAAGUUGGACAAAAAGCAUUUUGCUAAACCACAACGUGGUUCAAAGCAGAAUGGUAAUGGCGACCUGCAGUUUCAGAAGCAGGAUGAUAUUAAGGAGUUGGCCUUAGUAGAGGCCAAGAUGGUAAAGCUUUGUGAACUGCUUGAAGAGAUUAUAGUCCGCACUAAAGAAAAUUCUGUGAAGAAGCAGGGAAUGACUUAUGAGGAGCUUGCGCUAGAACACGAGGAGGAAGAUGUACAUGCUGAAUCUGAAAGUGAUGAAGAAGAUCAACCGAUAUACAAUCCUCUAAAGUUGCCUCUUGGUUGGGAUGGAAAACCAAUACCAUAUUGGCUGUAUAAGCUCCACGGUCUUGGACAGGAGUUUAAGUGUGAAAUUUGUGGGAACCAUAGCUACUGGGGCCGUAGAGCUUUCGAGAGACAUUUUAAAGAAUGGCGUCACCAACAUGGAAUGCGCUGUCUUGGUAUUCCAAACACAAAGAACUUUAAUGAAAUUACAUCUAUUCAGGAUGCUAAGAAUCUCUGGGAAAAAAUCCAAAGAAGACAAGGAUUGCACAAGUGGCGACCAGACCUUGAGGAGGAAUAUGAAGAUAAAGAGGGGAAUAUCUAUAAUAAGAAGACAUACACUGAUCUACAGCGUCAAGGAUUGAUAUAGAGUUUCUAUUGUGUAAGUCAUUUUGGGUCCUCCUAUAUAUACUGCUGCCCUUGCCCUAGAACAUGUUUCAUUUUCCCCUGUUGCCUGAUUGUUUCUAUUUCCAAACUUUAGGAGUUAAUGCAGCAUGGAAAUAGUUUAAAGGUGGCAAAGAAAUGUAAUUGUGUUUUUCUCUUUGAAACAGAGUUAUAUUUAAGCUUUUUCUCAGCAGAUUUGUUAUACAAAUGUCUUUAGACGACAUUGACAAUACAUUCUGGGAACUCUGACCAUGUAUUGGUUAUUGUGAUCAAUGCCUAGCUGCAACCGCAUGUUGGAGCCUGCCAUUUCCUAUCACGCGUUGCUUCUGAAGAGUAUCAGUUUCCAAUUGCAUUUUAUAAAGAAAUUAUGGAAGCAUGGCUAGUGUAAAAUUUGAGGAUGUAUUGCAAGCGGCAAUCUUAUUCAUGAUAAUAUUGAUUAAAAAAAAAAAAAAAAAAAAAAAAAAAAAAAAAAAAAAAAAAAAACCUUAGUAUGUUUUUGCAUUAUUUUCAGGAUCCAUUGUCCCCUUUUUGGAGUUGGCUCCUAUUAUUUCGGUCUAAUUCACAAAUAACGUAACAAA